AAGGAAACAAAUAUUCUCUAAUAGCGAUAGAGACCUCUUGAUGCUGACUCUACAGUGUGGUAGAUGACCCUGACUUUUGUUCGCGCCCUCGCCUACGGCUCGGGACGCAUAACUCCAAUCGCGGUCAUCUACCACACAGUAGAUCCCGCAUCGACGGGCUCUAUCGCUUAAUUAAAAUACCGUAAUCUUACAAUGUUGAAAGUUCCAUUUUCUUCCGUAAAAUAAUCCCUUUUUAACAAGGAGCUGUUUUGUUCUGUUCUGUAAUGGAAAGCAGAGGCCACCAGACUUGUUUGGCUGGUCAUACAUUUGAAAUGUGGACUGCAGUGGUGAAGGCAAGGCCUUUGUUUUGUAAAGUUGUGUCACCCAGUCUCAUAUAAAAGGCACUUUAAAUAAACAAUCUCAGACAGGCAGUAGCUGCUCAAGUUUUCUGAAAGAUUGGAUUAAUACAGAACUCCAUAAAGUGAACAAAGGUCAGAAAGACAUUGUUAAGGCUAAAAAUCUAAAGAAAGAUUUCACUGUGCUUUAUUCCACUGCCUGGUGUAAUCUUUUAAAGACCUAGAUUAGUAUGCAUUAGUAAGAAAUACAAACAAUAAAUCCUUAAUUAAAAAACAUACAUACUCACAUUUAAUAAUCUCAGAAAUGUUGAUAAUUAAUUUUACACCUAUACCAUUGUGUUCAGUUGUAAUAAAUUGCCACAGGAUUUUGGCUCACGUUUUCUGAAAAAGUGGAAUAAUGCAAAACUCCAUACAGUAAACAAAGGAACACCAGAAUCCAGUUAACUAGGCCUGACAUAGAUUCAGUUGACUGCAAUUUAUUUCUUAGAUUGCUUCAAGGUUGUUAAAUAAAGAAUCUGCUUAAUGGCAGUUAAUCCAAAGUUUGCCCCAAUGGCUGCAUUUCCUCUGUAAAUGGACACAACUGUCUGCUCCUAUUCUAAAUCCCCACCCACUCCAAUGUUACAACAUCUGCUAUGCUAGUGUGUGCAUUUCACUUUUGUUUAUUCCAAGGGCAUACGAUGGAACUAAGCAAAAUAAUCCAAGAGGCACUGUAUGAGUUCAUCCGACCCCACAUCCCAGACGCAGAUAUUAGUACACUAGAUGAUGUGGUGCUGUCAUACAUCACUGGUGUUUUGGAGGACCUUGGAACUCAGGACUGUGUGGAGGAAAACUUUGAUGUUGAGAUGUUUGUAGAAAUGCUGGAGGCUUAUGUACCUGGAUUUGCUGGAAUUGACAGUGUCAAAGUAUGCGAGAUGAUGUUUAAUCUAGCAGUGGCACUAACUAAAGUCAGGAACAAAGAACAUGUCACCCCAAAGACACCUGCUGAAGUUUCAUCAGCUAACAAGUGUGAUUCCAGUACAGAUUGGUCUUUUAUAAAUGAAAAGCACUACUCUUCAGCAUGGCCCGAGGGAGCUACAGCAAAGGAAGCUUCCAAUGAGGACAAGCAGGUGCAACUUCUGCUGGAAAUGUUCCCCACAUGCACUAUAACAGAUGCCAGAAGUGCUCUCUCCGUAUCCAAAUGGGACAUUCAAGAAGCUGUCCAGCUUAUAAUUGAGGGAGAUAUGAAGUUGAACCAAAGCCUCCCACCUAAGAAAAACAGUUUGAAGACAACUCCUGAUGACAAGCUGAAAGCAAGCAUUCUUGAAAAGUACAUGUUAGUGGACAACAAAGAAGAUAAGACCAUUCACAGGCCAGUUAACCCCAAGGAGGCUCCAAAAAAGCUUGUUCGUUAUAUUGAAAAUCAAGUGGUGAGCACUAAGGGAGAACGCUAUAAGCAGGUCAAGAAAGAAGAACAUGAGGAAAUGAAGAAAACUUACGUCAAUCUGAAACCUGCUAGAAAGUACAGAUUUCAUUGACCCUUCCUGAAGGUGAAGACGUUUUGUACACACAAUGUGUGUCCUAUGAAUGAGCCUCCCCUUGUGUGAGCACAGCUGAAAGUGAGCCAUAUCCUGUUUUGCAACCAAACAUGAGGGGUGGGUAUUUUACAUAUCUGUAUAGACAAUAGCAUUGUGUUUGAUCUCUGCUUUUACAUUCAUGUACUAGCUAAAUCUUCAGCAGAUCCUACAUGUAUAGGAUUGAAAUAGAUUUAGGUUACCUUUAACAGCUGCCUACAUGUUUAGAUAAUGCACUGAGAAUUCUGUCUGAAUUAUUGGUAUUUCUUGUUUUAUUUAUUUAAAUUCUACAUUGUUGUUCAAGUUGAAAUAACAUUUGUAGGGCUUGUAAUGGUUUACAAAAUGUAACCCUUUAAGAAGUGUAUGAACAGUGUUUAACUAUAGCAGUUUAUGUACAUCAUUGCUUCAGAUUAAUUUUGUCUUUUGACUGGCUUUGUAGCUCAAUGCUUGGUAUCUGAAAUGGCACCUAGUGGGCAUUAUAUGGGUUUUAACCAUCUUGUUUAUCAAAAAUAUACUUGUAACCUUAUGCUAUUGCUGUUGUGCUUGUCUUAAGUGUAAUGUGAUGCACUGAAUAUUAUUAAAACGUGAAAUGUAAAUUUUAUAGAUACUGAUCGGCAUGCAAAUAGCUGGUGUAAUCACAGCUGCCUUUUGUAAAUAUUCUAUAUUUAGUAAGUUUAGUCUUACUUUUUUUGACAAAACAAUUGCAACAAUAAAUGAUAAAACAUUCAGAAUCUUUCUUAGUUUAAUAUUGUGUUAUGGGAGCUUAAGUGCUAUGAUUUUGAUCCAGUAAUGUGUAUAUAUAACAGCAGGUAAUCAGAAAAGAAAAAAAAAAAGUCUCCUUCCGAGACCACAGGGUCAAAUUAUUGAACACCGUAACAAGCUUCAAACCCCACAAAGUUUCAUUUUGAACUUCCAUAAUGACCUUCUUCCAGUCCAGGCUGUGGUACAGUGGCUUGCGAAAGUAUUGACCCCCCUUGGCAUUUUUCCUAUUUUGUUGCCUUACAACCUGGAAUUA